UUACAGUAUCAAUAACAAUUUUUGUUCUGGAUAAGCUUAAAAUUUGCUUUCUAGUUCUGUUUAAAAAUCAAUUUUUUCUCAGUUGGGUGUUGUUAAUUUGUGAAAUAGAAGCUCUAUCUUUGUUUUUUGUACUUUUUUUUGUUGAAGAUUUGGGUUUUUUGGGAUUUGGGAAUGUAGAAAAAGCCCUAUUUUCCUUUUUUUUUUUUGUUGUUGUUGUAGAUGUUGGUUUUAUGCAUAACAUUCCUUUUCAGUCGAAGAGCUAUCGAAAACAAACUCUCAAACCCCAUAAACAAAAUUCGGAGUAAGAUGUUGUGUACAUGCUAUCCUCUCUAGAGCUUACUUGUGGGAUAAGGAGGGGUAUGUUGUUGUUUUUGUAGAAAAAGCUGCUUAAUUUGGUUGGUGUAAGCUAUGUUGCUGGGAAUCCUGUGUUACGUUGCUCGGAUCCUCCAAAAGUUUUGUUUUUGGGGAGUAUUUGACACUGGCUUUUUUGGAGGGUAUGAGCAACAUAGGAUGUAAGCUAUGUUGCUGGGAAUCCUACUUUGUUCCUCCAAAAGUUUUUGUUUUUUUUGGGAGGAUUCAUCACUUAAUAUUUUUGGAGGGUACAUGCAACAUAGGAUGUAAGCAUUUCUUAUGCUUAAUUUUGGCUGGUGUAAACGAUGUUGCUGAGAAUCCUACGUUGCUCUGAUCCUCCAAAAGUCUUUGUUUUUAUGGGAGGAUUCGACACUUAACAUUUUUGGAGGGCACAAGCAACAUAGGACGUAAGCAAUUUUUAUGCUUAAUUUGGUUGAUGUAAGCUAUGUUGCUGGGAAUCCUACAUUGCUCGAGUCCUCCAAAAGUCUCUGUUUUUUUGGGAGGAUUCAACACUAGCAUUUUUGGAGGGUACGAGGAACAUAGGAUGUCUUACUGGAAAUUAUUGUUGUAUCAUGCCUCCUAAGGAAAAGAAGCGUGGUUCUCGAGCUCUAGCUCCUGAUAUACUUAGCAAUCUUCCUGAUAAUAUAAUAGAUGCUAUUGUUAUGCGUUUGCCUUUACGAGAUGCUGUGAGGACAAGCAUCUUAUCGAAGAUGUGGAGGUAUAAUUGGUGUAGAUUACCAGUGUGGACGAUUGACCAGGCACUUUGGGAUAUGACGAAUAACGCAAUAUCCCCUACAACUAGAUUUACAAACAUUAUCUACCACCUAUUGACCCUCCACGUCGGACCAAUUUCUAAGUUUACCCUCUCUGUUGCCACUCUGGGGAACUGCUCAAAGAUUGACAACUUGAUGUAUUUCCUCUCUAGAAAUGGCAUUCAACACCUUGUUCUUCAAUUUCCAAGGGGUAACCUAUACAAAUUGCCUUCUUCAUUUUUCACAUGUUCGCAAAUAAGCCAUCUGAGUCUCCAAAAUUGUUUGAUUAUGUUUCCACCUGCUUUUAAAGGAUUUGAAAAGUUAGUUAGCCUGGAACUUUGUGAUGUCACAAUUCCUUCCAAGUUUAUUGGAAGUUUGAUCUCUUGUUGCCCGUUGCUCGAGCAUUUGGUGCUGCAUUCAACUAUCACAAAUCACAUUCAAAUUAGAGCUCCCAAGUUGAAAUCCUUUGACUUCACUGGCAAGCUAAUCUUUCUUUCUUUAGAAGGUGUCCCUCUUCUUGAGAAGCUUUCACUUGUAGAUACUGGAUAUUCUGGGAAGGCAGGAAAAUGUGGUAUCCCCAAGUUUCUCGAGUCUUUUCCUGCUCUCAAGCAUCUCCACUUGGAUUAUUUUAGUGUCCGGUUCUUUGCAGGUGAAGUACCAAAAAUGCUCCCUUUUGCUCUUAAUUCUCUUAAACGUCUUCACCUGUCCGAGUUUUCUCUAGAUGAACUAGAUGUGGCUUCGUGUGCUCUUUACUUGAUAAAAAGCUUCCCGUUUUUACAAGAAAUCGAAAUUGAGGUGUAUGAUGAUUGGGUUGAACCUGCGGGGGGUGAUGUUACCAAUGAGAUUCUAGAGAAAGUGAAUAGCUUAUCGGAUGUGACAUUGAAUCACCUCAGAGUUGUUCACUUUGCCGGUAUUACAGGCACAGAUCCUGAAAUGCAACUUAUCAAGUUUCUCUUAGCCAAGUCUCCGAUGCUCACUAGAAUGCUAAUCAAGCCUGGUGUAGGAGAUGAUACUCCUAAAUCAAGAAUUGAGGUACUCGCAGAGAUAACACAAUUUCGACGAGCAUCACCCAGAGCAGAAGUUGUUUAUAAACUUCCAUAGAUUACUUCCAGAGAACAAUCCUGCUCAACUUAACUUAUCUUUUUUGCAAGACCACGUUCUGUUUGACAUUGGGGUGUCCAGUUACAAUCCCUUUAAAUACUCUGGUUGAUAUUCAAGUCUUUUGUGUAUAUUACAUGUUUUUGCUAUUUACAUAAUUUUCAUAA